CUCCUCUGUUUUGCUGUCCAGCUUGUCCCUCUUUUCCCCUCAUCACCCUUCUCCUUUCUUGCUCGCUUCCUUGUCGUCCUCAACGAUGUCAGAGACCACUCAGACCGAAGCCAAGGCCCCUAAAUCUAAACAUUCACAUGCGGCGUCAACAGCUGCUCCUACUCCUCGAAAAGUCCGUUUCAAUGUCGGGACUCAGUACCAGGUCUUGGAUGUGGUCGGAGAGGGUGCCUAUGGUAUUGUCUGCUCUGCUGUGCAUCGACCAAGUGGACGCAAGGUCGCGAUUAAGAAGAUCGCUCCUUUUGACCAUUCGAUGUUCUGUCUUCGAACCUUGAGAGAACUCAAACUACUCAAGUUUCUGAGUGAGGCUGGUGUCAGCGAGAAUAUAAUCUCAGUUCUCGAUAUCAUCAAGCCACCAUCUCUGGAAGCAUUCAAAGAGGUCUAUCUAAUUCAAGAACUCAUGGAAACCGACAUGCACCGUGUUAUUCGUACACAGGACUUAUCGGAUGAUCAUGCGCAGUAUUUCGUCUAUCAAACGCUUCGAGCACUCAAGGCUCUUCAUUCCGCCGAUGUCAUCCACCGAGAUUUGAAACCAUCCAACUUGCUGCUCAAUGCAAACUGCGAUCUAAAAGUUUGCGACUUUGGCUUGGCGCGCUCAGUGAAGACCGCUGAACCCUCGGGUACAGAGACCGGUUUUAUGACUGAAUAUGUUGCAACUCGGUGGUAUCGCGCGCCCGAAAUCAUGCUUACCUUCAAGCAAUACACCAAAGCUAUCGAUGUCUGGUCAGUCGGAUGUAUAUUGGCUGAGAUGCUUUCUGGGAAGCCGUUGUUCCCUGGAAGGGACUACCACCAUCAACUCACCCUUAUCUUGGACGUUUUGGGAACACCGACCCUGGACGAGUUCUACGCUAUCACCACCAGGAGAUCGAGAGACUAUAUCCGUGCUUUGCCAUUCCGAAAACGCCGCCCCUUCUCGCAAAUCUUCCCCAAUGCCAAUCCAAUGGCUAUCGACUUCCUCACAAAAACGCUUACCUUUGAUCCUAAGAAACGAAUUAACGUUGAGGAGGCAUUAGCGCAUCCAUAUCUAGAAGCCUACCAUGAUCCUGAUGAUGAACCUGUUGCUCCCCCACUCGACCCGGAAUUCUUCGAAUUCGAUCUCCACAAAGACGACAUCAGUCGUGAGCAAUUAAAGGAACUACUGUAUGAGGAAAUAAUGGCGUUCAAACCUGCCCCGAUUGUAUAAUAUGUGGAGUGCAAGCCUUGAAGGCUGUUCGUUCGAUCACAUUUCAUCUUGUAUACUGUUAUCGCUCGCUAGCAUCUAAAUUGUUUGAUAUGUUUUGGUUCAUCUUACACUUUUUUAACCCUGCAUAGAAGGAUAAUCGUAUUAAGCAGGACCAUUGUCGAUCAUUCGUUUCAUUUAUAUGAAGUGAACACUGAUAUCACAAGUUCG